AUGUCUCAUCCUCCAGAGCCACCUCCGCUCUUCGAAGCAACACCAUCAUCUAUCACCGAGCGCGCUCAGCAGCUGAUACAAAGGCUUCGCCAGGCGCAGACGCAGAUUAUAGACACAGUGCUGACAGAAGAUGCGACCUUUUCCAAUGUCCUUCUGCCACUGGCACAGGCUGAAAAUGCCGUUUCGGCAGAAAGGUGGCUCGUCACCAGCUACAGAAACUUCUCGCCAGAUGCAGCUCUGCAAGACGCUGCCAACGUCGCGGCCACCAUGUUUGAGGACUUCGAACUUGAAACCUCAUUCCGCAUUGAUCUAUUCAACCUGAUAAACGCCGUGCGGUGCAAGGGUGAGCUGCUGGAUUGUGAAUCGCGGCGAUAUUUAGAAAGGAAGCACAAGAGCCAUCUCCGCAAUGGACUCUUGCUCUCAGAAGAGACUUCCCGCCAGCGCUUCCAAGCAAUACAAACCCGCAUAGCCGCUCUAGAGGCCGAUUUUGCAAAGAACUUGGCAGACUCACGUCUAGAAGUCUGGCUUAGCCGCCAGGCCUUGCAAGGGGUGCCAGACGAAGUUUUAUCCAGAUUUAAGACCGACACCACUGGGGACGAGCACUUGUUCCUAUGCGAUUCUGGAACGAUACUUCAGGUUAUGAUGUUUGCCACAAAUACCGAUACACGAAAGCUUUGCUACAUGGCUAGUGAGAACCAAUGUCGCGGAAAUGAACAUGUGUUCAAAGAGCUUAUUCUGCUCCGUGCCGAAAGUGCUCGCCAACUUGGUUACUCCAGCCAUGCUGCAUUGAGACUUGAGGAUAGAAUGGCCAAAACGCCAGAUGUUGUCAACAAUUUCCUAGCUGAAUUGGUCUCAAAGCUCUCCGAGACUGCAGAAGCUGAGGUUGAGAAGUUGAAAGCUAUUAAAAAGAGGGAUGUCGAGUCUCGCGGAGAGUCAUUUGAUGGGCAUUAUUACAUCUGGGACCAUGCUUUCUAUAAUCGACUCAUGCUGGAGAGAGAAUACGACUUGGAUCAGCAGCAGCUGGCAGAAUAUUUCCCACUCCUGCCAACUAUAGAGUCCAUGCUGGAAAUCAACCAGCAUCUUUUUGGCUUGGUUUUUGUUGAGAUCAUCAAGCCAAACCAAGAUUCCGGUGUCACUUUUGGGCAAAACAGCAGCGCCGAGAUACUUUGGCAUGAUGACGUGCGAGUUUUCAGUGUAUGGAAUGACAAGCAAGAAGGCGGUGACUUUGUUGGCUAUCUUUACCUUGACCUCUACGACAGGAAAGGCAAGCGCUCAAAUGCAUGCAAUGUGCCAAUCCGGCCAGGCUGCAUUCUACCGGACGGAUCACGUCAAUAUCCCGCGACUGCACUGCUGUUCGACUUUGAGAAACCAAGUGUCACCAAUCCAACUCUCCUCCAGCACCGUGACGUUAUCUUACUGUUCCACGAAUUAGGGCAUGGUAUCCAUGAGCUCGUGGCCCAAACCAAGUUUGCAUGCUUUCACGGAACUGCGUCGCCUAUUGAUUUUGCAGAGAUGCCUAGCCAGGUAUUGGAGAACUGGUGCUGGACACCAUCACAGCUGAAGCGCUUAGGUAGACAUUAUUCAUACCUAUCCGCGGAGCACUUGCAAGCAUGGAGCGAAGCGGCAAAUGGCAGGCCCAGACCGACAGAGAGGUUGUCCGAUUCGGCGAUUGCCAAUCUAGCUCGUAGCAAGCACUGCAACAACGCGUUGUUUUACCUACGUCAAGCGUCCAUCGGCAUGUUCGACAUGUUGGUUCAUCAGCUCAACAACAACACUGAAGCCGAGAAGUGGGAACUAGCCAUCAAGUGGAACCAGCUACGGCGCAACGUUCUCCCUUUGGAUGGAGGUGAAGCCGUGAAUGGUGAUUGGGCUUGGGGACAUGGUUACGCCAACUUCGGGCACUUUGUCAACGAUUACAAUGCUGGUUAUUACAGCUAUUUAUUCUCGCUUGUUUAUGCUGCCGAUGUGUUUAACGCAGUAUUUAAAGCCGAUCCUGAGAAUACGGCAAACGGCCGUCAGUAUCGACAUGCCGUGCUUGCAAAAGGGGCAAGCGAGGAUGAAAUGACGAUUUUGACCCAGUUUUUGGGGAGAAACCUGGAUGUCUAUCCUUUCUCACAAGAAUUAAACCUAUGUUAG